CCAACGAAGAGCGUUCGGAAAAUAGUAGGCCUCUUUCUCUCUGAGACAAAGAAAAGUACUAGUGAGCUUUUCCCGCAGCGGUAGUUGUUAUCUCUGCAUCUGUCUCUAUUGCGUUUCGGAUUGUAGAUCACAUUUCAUUUCAGUUCCAUACAACCAUGACGGACUCUGCGGGGACGACGCUCAUGGAUCUGAUAACGGCUGACCCUACGCCAGUUCCUGCGGCAUCAUCCUCUUCCACUACAUCAUCGACGACGCCGACAGUGUCCCCUUCUGCUACGCAGCCGCAGCAUGUGUCGACGAAGACCACUUUGGGGGAGAAGAAGUCCAAGAGAGCGGCUCUGAUGCAGAUCCAAAAUGAUACCAUCUCUGUGGCUAAGGCAGCUCUCAACCCCGUCCGUACUAACAUUAUUCCUCACCAGAAGCAGAAGCAGAAAAAGCCUGUGUCAUAUGCACAACUUGCGAGGAGUAUACAUGAACUAGCUGCUACGUCUGAUCAAAAAAGUUCUCAGAAGCAACUGGUGCAUCAUGUGUUUCCCAAACUUGCUGUGUACAAUUCUGUUGACCCUUCUUUGGCACCAUCUCUCCUCAUGCUUGAUCAGCAGUGCGAGGAUAGGACUGUCCUGCGUUAUAUCUAUUAUUACUUGGCCAGAAUUUUAGCAGAUACUGGUUCCCAGGGUCUAAAUCCAGGUGGUGGGAUUCCCACUCCCAACUGGGAUGCUUUGGCUGACAUUGAUGCUGUCGGAGGGGUGACCAGGGCUGAUGUUGUACCACGAAUAGUUAAUCAGCUUACAGCAGAGGCUGCAAAUAGCGAUGUUGAAUUUCAUGCGAGAAGACUGCAAGCUCUGAAGGCCCUUACUUAUGCUCCUUCAAGCAACACUGAGAUAUUGUCCAGAUUGUAUGAAAUUGUGUUUGGCAUUCUUGAUAAGGUUGCCGAUGUUCCACACAAACGUAAGAAAGGAAUUUUUGGUGCUAAAGGUGGUGAUAAAGAGUCUAUCAUCCGAAGCAAUCUACAAUAUGCUGCUCUAAGUGCUUUGAGAAGACUUCCUUUGGAUCCGGGAAAUCCAGCAUUUUUGCAUCGUGCUGUGCAGGGGAUUUCAUUUGCUGAUCCUGUUGCUGUGAGACACUCUUUGGAAAUCAUCUCUGACUUGGCCAUAAGAGACCCUUAUGCAGUUGCAAUGGCUUCAGGAAAGCUUGUUGCUCCAGGAGGGGCAUUGCAAGAUGUUCUCCAUUUGCAUGAUGUGCUUGCUAGAGUUUCACUCGCCAGGUUGUGCCAUACGAUAUCCAGAGCUCGAUCAUUAGAUGAGAGGCCUGACAUUAAGUCUCAGUUCAACACUGUGCUCUAUCAACUCCUGCUGGAUCCCAGUGAAAGAGUCUGUUUUGAGGCGAUAUUAUGUAUAUUGGGCAAACAUGAUAACACUGAAAAGACAGAAGAGCGGGCUGCAGGGUGGUAUCGUUUAACUAGGGAGAUUCUGAAGUUGCCAGAAGCACCAUCUAAUUCCAAAGAUAAAACUCAAAAGACGAGGCGCCCACAACCCCUUAUUAAACUUGUGAUGAGAAGGUUGGAGAGUUCUUUUCGUAGUUUCUCUAGACCAGUACUCCAUGCUGCUGCUAGAGUGGUUCAGGAGAUGGGAAAAAGCAGAGCUGCAGCAGUUGCUCUAGGCAUACAAGAUCUUGAUGAAGGAGCUUAUGUGAAUACAUUCGUUGAGACUGCAGAAUCACUUGAUUCAGAUGUGAAUGACAACCCACAUCCCGAAGUAGGUAUCCGAAGAACCACCUCUGUAUCUAAUGCUGGUGGUGGUAAGGAUACGAUUGCAGGUAUGCUAGCUUCACUGAUGGAAGUAGUGAGAACAACUGUGGCAUGUGAGUGUGUUUAUGUUCGGGCAAUGGUAAUCAAGGCAUUGAUUUGGAUGCAAAGUCCACAUGAAUCAUUUGAUGAACUAAAAUCCAUUAUUGCAUCGGAGCUUUCUGACCCAGCUUGGCCAGCAACACUAUUGAACGAUGUUUUGUUGACUUUGCAUGCUCGUUUUAAGGCAACACCAGAUAUGGCUGUCACUCUUUUAGAACUUGCAAGGAUCUUUGCUACUAAAGUUCCAGGGAAGAUCGACGCCGAUGUUUUACAACUUCUUUGGAAAACAUGUCUUGUUGGAGCUGGUCCUGAUGGGAAACAUACAGCAUUGGAAGCAGUCACUAUUGUUCUUGACCUCCCACCACCACAGCCUGGAUCAAUGUCAGGAUUUACAUCAGUAGACAGGGUAUCUGCAUCUGAUCCAAAGUCAGCUCUGGCAUUACAGAGAUUAGUCCAAGCAGCUGUGUGGUUCCUUGGGGAAAAUGCUAAUUAUGCUGCUUCAGAAUAUGCUUGGGAAUCUGCAACACCUCCUGGUACUGCAUUAAUGAUGUUAGAUGCAGAUAAAAUGGUUGCUGCUGCCAGCUCCCGUAAUCCCACUCUAGCUGGUGCACUGACUCGACUCCAAAGGUGUGCUUUCAGCGGAAGCUGGGAGGUUCGCAUUGUUGCUGCUCAAGCUCUUACAACAGUAGCAAUCCGGUCUGGUGAGCCCUUUAGGCUACAGAUCUAUGAAUUUUUGCAUGCCUUAGCACAGGGUGGUGUACAGUCUCAAUUAUCAGAAAUGCAUCUUAGUAAUGGAGAAGAUCAAGGAGCCAGUGGUACAGGGCUCGGAGUUCUAAUUACUCCAAUGAUCAAAGUUCUUGAUGAAAUGUAUAGAGCACAAGAUGACUUGAUCAAGGAAAUACGCAACCAUGAUAAUGUAAAUAAGGAAUGGAAAGAUGAAGAGCUUAAGAAACUAUAUGAAACCCAUGAGAGGCUGCUGGAUCUUGUUUCACUGUUUUGUUAUGUUCCACGAGCGAAGUAUCUCCCUUUGGGGCCAAUAAGUGCGAAACUUAUUGACAUAUACCGUACACGGCAUAAUAUUAGUGCAUCAACUGGUUUGAGUGAUCCAGCUGUUGCCACUGGAAUUUCUGAUCUUGUUUAUGAAUCUAAACCGGCUGCUACUGAAUCUGAUACACUCGAUGAUGAUCUAGUAAAUGCUUGGGCAGUCAACCUUGGUGAUGUCCCGGCACUAAACAGGGUCAAUGAAUUUCUGGCUGGUGCUGGAACUGAUGCUCCAGAUGUUGAUGAGGAGAACAUUAUCUCCAGACCUUCUGUUAGUUACGACGAUAUGUGGGCCAAGACACUUUUGGAGACUACAGAAAUGGAGGAAGACGAUGUCAGAUCAUCAGGAUCAUCUUCUCCGGAGUCAACCGGAUCAGUUGAAACUUCCAUAUCAUCCCACUUUGGUGGAAUGAGCUAUCCUUCAUUGUUCAGUUCACGGCCAACUACUUAUGGGGCUUCACAACCUGCGCAGGAGAGAUCGGGGGGAAGCAGAUUUAGCAAUCCUUCAUCUAUGUAUGAGGGCCUUGGUUCUCCUAUUAGAGAAGAGCCUCCACCAUACACAUCACCUGGCAGGGAACAGUAUGAGUCAUUUGAGAAUCCCUUAGCUGGGCGUGGGUCCCAGGGUUUUGAAUCCCAGGAUGAUGAUCGCUUGUCUUCUGGAAAUCCGCAAUUUGGGACAGCAUUGUAUGAUUUCAGUGCUGGUGGAGAUGAUGAGUUGAGUUUAACAACUGGAGAAGAGGUUGAGAUUGAGUACGAAAUUGAUGGAUGGUUUUAUGUGAAGAAGAAAAGGCCCGGCCGGGAUGGUAAAAUGGCUGGGUUGGUUCCUGUUCUUUAUGUCAGUCAAACUUAAGUUGUCCAUGUCAUAAUGGAAUUUUAUUCUUUUCUGCUCAGAUAAUUUUUUUUGAAAAUUUAUGAUUAUAAAGUUUUUCUUGGCAAUCUACUAAUAUUUCUCGAGCAUGAAACUUGACAGAAAAAUCGGCAGUGUGCUGACUUUUGCUGUUUAUAUGUUGUUGUAUGAUGCAUCAUUCAAUAGGUUAUUUCCUAUGUUUGGUUUCAUAAACUAUGGAAGAAUUUAGUUAGCUUU